GUGGUGCUGCUGGUGGUGCUGUUGCUGCUGCUUUUCUCUUCCUUCUUCGUCACCCUCAACCUUGAAUCUACCUUUCUCCGGCCUGCUAUCGCUCCAUUGUCACUCGCUUCACCCUCGCGUUCGGUCUGUCCGGUGGAAAUUCGGAGGAGAGGUCACGGCGGAAGACAAAGAGACAGAAAGACAGAGAGAGGGAGAGAGAGAGAGAGCUGAAGAGGAAGCGAAGCUUUCCCAGGACCAUACAAGAGCGAGGGAUCGCCGACAUUCGGAGCCUAUACGAACGAACAUUGAAAAGGGCACAACACAAAAGUCGUCUCGUCCCGUCACGUCUUUCGCGUCGUAGUGCGGCAGUACCACCACGACAUUGAUUCCUACGACUUGCAUCCUCCCGCACCACGCGGCGCAGCAUUGGCAGGAUGGCGUCCGUCAUGGAGACGUUCAAUGCCACCAGCACUGCGCUCCCUGACUCGGUACACGCUGUCAUUGCAUCCGCGCAGACGGGCAUCCUGAGCAAGGCCUUCGACAACUUCUCCUCGCCCUUGGGCUGGUUCGGCGUGUUUUUGGCAGUGUUCCUGGCAGCUGUCAUUUAUGAUCAGAUCUCAUACUGGCAACUCAAAGGGCCUCUGGCCGGCGACUCCUGGAAGAUUCCCUUCAUUGGGCCAUUCCUUGAUUCUGUAAAUCCCACAUUCGGCAAAUACUACACGAAAUGGGUCUCCGGCCCCCUCUCAUGCGUCUCGGUCUUCCACAAGUUCGUGGUCAUCGCUGCGACUCGCGACAUGGCCCGCAAAGUCCUCAACAGCCCCAUGUAUGUCAAGCCCUGUGUCGUGGACGUUGCACACAAGCUGCUUCGUCCCGAUAACUGGGUGUUUUUGGACGGGAAGGAGCACGUGGAGUACCGAAAGGGUCUCAAUGGACUGUUCACCCGAAAUGCGUUGGAGAGCUAUCUUCCCGGUCAAGAGGAGGUCUACAACGAAUACUUUGAGGAGUUCUUGCGCGAGAGCACAGCCGCGGGUGGGCACAAGGCGUGGGUGUAUCAGCUGCGCGAGCUGCUGUGCGCUGUAUCAUGCCGCACAUUUGUGGGACACUACAUGUCCCGCGAGCAGGUCAAGCGCAUCGCAGACGACUACUACAUGAUUACUGCCGCGCUCGAAUUAGUCAACUUCCCCAUCAUUCUCCCGUACACCAAGACAUGGUACGGCAAAAAGUGCGCCGAUAAGGUCCUCGAGGCAUUCUCCAACUGCGCUGCCAAGGCCAGAGUCCGCAUGAAGCAGAAAGGCGCUGAGCCAGAGUGCAUCAUGGACCGCUGGAUCACACAAAUGAUCGAGUCUGAUCGUUACCGAGCACGCAUUGCCAGCGGCGAAAAUGUACCUGCCGAGGAGAAGCCAGCAAUGCUCCUCCGCAACUUCUCCGAUAUCGAGAUCUCCAUGACGGUCUUCACAUUCCUCUUCGCUUCGCAAGACGCGACGUCGAGUGCUGCUUCUUGGUUGCUGCAGAUUGUGGCGGACCGGCCCGACGUCUACCAACAGAUUCGUGAGGAGGCCGACAGGAUACAUCCCCGAGCAGAAGACCCCAUCAGCCUUGAAAUGCUCGAGAGCAUGACCUACACUCGUGCAGUAGUCAAGGAAACGCUCCGAUACCGCCCACCAGUCCUCAUGGUCCCUUAUCUAGUCAAGAAGGACUUUCCCAUCCCCGAGGGCAAUUAUGUCGCUAAGAAAGGCACGAUGAUUAUUCCUUCGACGUGGCUGUCCCUUCACGACCCGGAAGCAUACGAGCAACCCGAUGAGUUCGUGCCGGAGCGAUGGAUCACUGGAAAUGCAGAAGAGCAAGGCAAGAACUGGCUGGUGUUUGGCACUGGUCCUCAUUACUGUCUCGGUCAGACAUAUGCGAUUCUCAAUUUGAUGCUCAUGGUGCACAAGCUGAGCGCUUCAUACAACUGGACGCACCAGAUCACACCCCGCAGCGAAGAGAUCAAGGUUUUCGCCACCAUCUUCCCCAUGGACGACAUGCUCUUGCAAUUCUCUAGACGAAGAGCGACUUCAUAGACUUAUAGAACGGCACUAGAUGUGCUCUUUUUCUUUUUUUUUACAACUUGGGUGUUGAGCCGUACGCAGUCGCGCAAAACAGUGCGCAUUUCACACAUUGCAUGGCAGCUUUCCUGCACGACGCUGGAGAGAGAGCGAGCGAGAGAGAGCGAGCGAGAGAGAGCGAGGAUUAUUUCACCUGCCGUGUACGUAGUAGCUACAUAGGUGGUGGUGGUAGUUGGUAGAAGCAGCAUGGAGGAAGCAGCCAAGGCCAGUAAACGUAAUACCAGACAAG